AACGCCAAUGAAUUAUGGAAAAGGGGGUUUUAUGUUGAGAGAAGCGGUGAAUAAACACUUUAAAUCACAGAAAUUGGUACCGAUUGACCAAAGGUUUUAAAAUUGUUAGACAGGAUAUCUUACAACUACAUAUAUGUAAGCAAGCGCUUAAGCGGAUGUUUUAUUAAUCAGUGCUUGCUUGCUUAUAGCAAGGAUAACAAGGCAUAAUCUCUCAGUCUUUCAGAGGAUAGGAGACUCGGCAAAAAGAUGAAAUAUGAGCUCGGGGCGACACGUUCAACAUAUAAAUCAAGCACUGGCCGAGAUGUAUGGCACAGAUCUGGUGAACGCCAAGCGGGUCAUCAAUACCAAACUGUCAAAAACCAAACCAAACCCUGAAAAUCUCACACUAGCGGAGAGAAUCCUGCUGAACCGUAGAAAGGGGACGCAACCUACAGAGAACAGCAGAAGAGAUUCUCCUUCCGAUAGCGUCGACAUUUCGGAUCUGACAAAUCAAAACGAUGAACGCAGAACGCCGACCCCAGAACCAACAAGAAACAACCGGUCGCCGGUUAAAAGACAAGAAAGCAAACGCAGCAUUAAAACAGUUGCUUCUGAACAACCUGGUCCGUCCAACCGGAAGUCCGCUACUCCACCGCUCCCUCCAAUUAAGACUGCAAGUCCACGACCGGAAACCAAAAACCAGACGCCCAGACAAAGCCGAGCUCAGUCUAGAAAUAAGGUCGAGUCACGCCGAGAAACACCGGUAUUACCUCCGAUUGCAAGAAAAGAUUCACGUGCUGACUCUCGGCGUCAACAGUCACGCGUUUCAAUACGAAGUGAGGAUGGGAUACAACCGCCAAAAGAUAUGCGUGAAUUUGAUCCAAAUCUAGGGGUUGGUGAAGUUGAACCUUCCCCCACACCACAGUCGCAACAUGCCUCUGAACCCCAGACAAAAAAAGAACAAGAAGCCAUUGAACAAAAACAAGAUCAGCCACAGGCAGUUCCAAAACAAGAAACGAAAGCUAAACCAAAAUCUCCAGAAAAACAAACAUCUGAAAAAAGUCCAGAGAAACAAAAGGCAAAGAGCCCAGAACGGCCGAAGUCACCCGAAAAGACGAAUGUAGUACCGGUUGUUGCUGCAGCCGCAGCUUCGAGUCAACGCGCGAGAUCACGAUCACGUUCUCGUUCGAGACAUAGAACAAGAUCUAGAUCUCGUUCCAGAUCCCGUUCAAGAUCACGAAAAAAAUCGAGACGGCAUAGUAGUACUCGUUCCCGCUCGAGAUCUCGAAGACGCUCACGACGAUCAAGGUCUCACAAACGUCAUAGAUCAUCAUCGUUCAGCAGUAGCUCGUCUCCGCGCAGGCGUCGGAGAUAUUCCUCUUCGCCAGUAAGAAGACACAGAAGCCGUGGACGGAGUCGGUCUAGAAGAGGAAGUUUUGACUAUGAUUUUGAACGAGCUAAAUCAUUUGUACGAAGUCUAUCGCGAAUGGAUACGUUUUCUAGACUGAGACACAGGUCACCCUCAGUUGAAUAUACCAUACUUGGAGGAAAUGGUGGCUUCUGGCCAGCAACUAGACCUGAAUCUUCAAGAAGGAAGAAGAAAAUCAUUAUAGUCCAAGGUGGAGCACCUGCACCGAAGACAAAGCGAAGAAACCACAGUAGCUCUGAUUCCGAUAUAAGUGUUGUUGUAAAGAAUGUAAAAUCUAAAUCACGUGGGAAACGGGAAAAGGUAAAAAGAUUCUCUGAAUCUGAGGAAAGUGAAAACGACAGUUCGAGAUCGAAGUCAAGAACAAGGCGAGGUAGGAAAAAGCAAAAAUCUAAAUCAAGAAGAGAUGUUAGCGAAAGCGAAGACACAGAUGAAGUAGAAACGACGGAGCAGGUAAAGAUUUCAAAAAAGAAAUCUAAGGCAAACAAAUCAAAGAAAAACAUACGGUUUGAUUUGAAAAACAUUUCAAGUAAGAAGGGACUUGAGAAUAAAGCAAAGAAAGUCACUGUUGAGUCAGACAAUGAAUCGGAACCAGAAGUUGAUGAAAAUGAAAAUAUUCCAAAGUUUACACAACCAGUCAAACCUGUUGCGAAAGCAGCUGAGAAAAAUGUCCCUGUUGUCGAGAAACAGGAGGAUGCCCAUGCAGGAUAUAGGUUGCCGACACCUGACUCGCCAAUACAGUCAGACAUUUCGUCAGUAAGUCGGAACCAAACCCCGUUAACACCGCAACAACAAAAUACCCAAACCAAAUCACCACCUGCUACUAAAAGCCCGGAUAAAGAAAUAAAACCUCAGCAAAACAAACAGAAAUCUAAGAAUAAACAAGACGAAGACAAAGACCUACAAGAAGCGUUAGAUCAACUAGAUAAGCGAACUGAUUUUGAGUUGGAACAAUUGAAGGGUGGUAAUCAAAGAAAGCUACCUCCUGAUGUAAAUUUAGACAUGAAAAAGAAAAUAUUCAGCAAAGAAUUCCAACAAAAUAUCAACAAUUUCUUGGAGUCCUAAGAUAUGGUUCCAUCUCCUUUUAGUGACUGUUUGACAGUAGCCGUUCUAGUUUUGUUGAUAGUUGAUAAUCACUUGAUGUCCGAUACAUAUGCCAACAAGUACGUAAUAUAUCUGCACUGUAAAUUGUGUAUAUACAUGUAUUGAAAUACUGAAAGUAAAAUGAAGCUGUUAUGUGUGGGAUGUUGAGUAUUGCAAUGUCCACUGCAUAACUGAACCAAGAAUCGAAACUGACAGGCAACAUGUUUUGGAUUUCUUUAAAAGUUUCAUGUGUAAUGAACAAACAACGAAAGUCGAAGCAUACGUGUGUGUUAGUGUGUUAAUGACGAAACAACGCAUUAGUCUCCCCUUACAUAUAUACUGCCGCUAAGGGAGGUAAUCGCUGUAGAGCGACUAGUAUGUAGUGAUAAAACGCAAAGCAGACAAUUAAUAGUUAUGGUAUGUUAUAUGUCUGGACUGCGCAAUUUACUUUGUGCAGCGUUUUAUUAUGACCAAAUGUAUAAAUAAACUGCAUAUUUAUACAAGUGUUUGAAAAAUGUUGUAUGGUUUAGACAUCUGUUGUCCAUGCUGCACAUUAUAUUUUGAAGUGUUUAUAUUCAUAUAGAUCUAUGGUUUAAUGAUAUACGUAUUAUUGCUGACUAAAAUAAGCACAUUGACAAAUAAAACAUGAUAUAUGUAUUUUGACCUAUCUAGACCAGUGAGGUUUCUUACAGUCGAAUUUUUCUGAGGAAAGAUACAGUUGUAUAUUUGUCUGUCAGUAUGGUUGUUAAAUACGCAAAUAUUCCCAUCCCUAAGAUAUGUUAGUUACAAAAUACUGAAUGCAAAAUAGAUAAUUAGAAAACGAAAAAUAUAUUGUACAGGAACAGACUUUCUCAACUGUUAUCCCCCGUCGAAAGAGGUGGGAUGUUGUCUUGGCGUUGUCCUUCCGGCCUUUCGUCCGUGCGUCCGUCCGGUCGAAAUUGAAAAGGUAUUUAUUCUAGAAUCCCCAAACCUCACAAAAUUAUUAAUUAGCACGUGGCCUUUUCUCACAUAUAGUAUUAUACCCCUUGACGAAAUAAAAGCAAAGUGUUUCCCUUUGAUAUGUUUGGGGGAAAAAUGAAAAUGCAAUUAUUCAUAUAUUAUUAUAUAUAAAUGCAAUAAUUCAAAAAGUAUUCCACAUAGAAUCACCAAACCUCACAUAAUUAUUAAUUACCCCAUGACCUUUGCUCACAUGUUGUAUUAUUCCCAUUGGCUCAGUAAAAGAGUUUUCCCCUUGAUUUUUUAACAAAAAUGAAAAUGCUUAUACAUGUAAAUACGAAGUUUAACUAGAAUCAUCAAACCUCACAUAUAGUGAUUUAUAAGCACAUGACCUUUGCUCACAAAUUCUUCAGUAACUCAGAGUUAUUGCCCUUUCCUUGUUCUAAAAUUCAUAAAGUCCCACAAAACGAAGUAAUCCAUUGAUAUUAUCUUCAUGAAACUUCAUACAAAUAUAUAUCACUGCAUGGCAUAGUUUUUCCCCUAUAUUUUGUAAAACACAGGAAUCAACAAACCAUUGCACGAUCCUUUUGUACAUAACUUGUGUAUAUCUGGAAAAUAUCUUUCAAAAUAUACCCCCCCCCCCCCCCACACACACACACCCCUAAUUCCCAAAACAACCUAUUUUCGGCGGUGGAUAUAAUUUCACUGAAUUUGUUUGUGAUAUAUUUCAUCCGACUCACAUACAAAUAAAAGUUUAGAUAUCCUUUCUCUUUCUAUCAAAAAUAUUGUCGUUAAUUCUUUCGGUUUAGCCAACUUUUCGCAUAAAAAGUAUUGUCAGCACAUUAAACCUGUUUUAUUGUCAACGUUUAUUGUCAACGUUUACAUGACUUGCAUUUUUUUCUUCGUAAUGCAGAGCAGCUCGGUAACACGUCUUCAGUGUACUGGAAACAUUUUUUUACAAAGUGCUCAUUGCGGACCUGAUCAAGCGAAAGGAGAUGGUGUAAGGAUAUGUUGUUAAUAAAGCAAAACUUUCCUAUAUAAAAGGUAACACACCUAUUUCCUUUUCUUUUUUUUUUUUUUUUUAGAUAAUAGAUGUUCAAUUCUUGACCGGAAUAUAAGUCUCCGUUAUGAAGUAAGUGGAUAGAGAAGAGCCUAGUGGUACUCGGCUUACCAUUCAUUUUCAUACUUUUAACUUGUCGUAACUGAACGUAUUUGAAUUUGGUACCCCGCUUAUUUAUGUGUCUGAAGUAUCAAUGUGUUGCCAGCAAUCGUUUACUCCAUUCUGUUUUAGAUGUUUUCGAAGUGACGUUCAAAAUGUACCGUAACAUGUGGUAAGAUACACAAGUCAACACCCACCCGCCUCCUACAAUACAAAAAUCCCCGAUAUAUAUUAAUGAAAUGCAUAAUGAUUUAUGAUCGGGGAAAAUUUUCAUUUGUUUAUG